GUGUUUUCCGAAGGACCCCAGUCAGUCUCACACGUGUGUGUCUACAUGCAGACAUGGCGGACCUUCAGAUGAAGCUGCUUCGGAAGAAAAUUCAGAAGAGAAAUGCAAAGAAUAAAGAACGCAAGCUUAGACAAAAGCAGAGGGAAGAAGACGAAGAAGAAAACGACUCUAAAGUCAUAAUUGAGGAAUGUGAUGGAGAAACGACUAAGGAAAGUCCAGCUGCGGCCACAGAGCAGGAGAUGACAGCCGACAAUCAGAAGAGCGAAGAUACUCAGGAAGACAGCAACAAGAAGAAGAAAAAGAAGAAGAAGAGGAAAUUAAAUGACACAGGAGAUCUCAAUAACAUGGCCGUAAAAAAGGCGAAGCAGGAGAACAGUAACGGUGAUGAAGCUGAGCUCUCUGAGGCAGGAGAAGAACAAGAGGGUGCAAAUGAAGUGUUGGAGGAUGGUGAGAACGAUGGAGAUGAACAGGAUGAUGAUUCUGAUCAACCGGAGCUUCCAUCCGGACUAACGGGAGCGUUUGAGGAUAGGUCCUUUGGGUCAUUGGCAGAACUUGUAAGUGAGAACACGCUCAAGGCUAUUAAAGAGAUGGGCUUUGAGAACAUGACUGAGAUUCAGCACAAAAGCAUACGCCCCCUAUUGGAGGGAAGAGAUAUUCUUGCUGCUGCUAAAACUGGCAGUGGGAAAACUCUGGCCUUCCUCAUUCCUGCCAUUGAACUCAUCUAUAAACUCAAAUUCAUGCCCAGAAAUGGUACUGGUGUGGUGAUUUUGUCUCCAACACGUGAGUUGGCCAUGCAGACAUAUGGAGUAAUGAAGGAGUUGAUGGCCCAUCAUGUGCACACUUAUGGCCUCAUUAUGGGUGGCAGUAACCGCUCAGCUGAAGCCCAGAAGCUUGGUAAUGGAGUCAACAUCAUGGUGGCAACCCCUGGUAGACUGCUCGAUCAUCUACAGAACACUGCUGGAUUCAUGUACAAAAACCUGCAGUGUCUGAUCAUUGACGAAGCAGAUAGAAUUCUUGAGGUUGGAUUCGAGGAAGAACUUAAGCAGAUCAUCAAACUGCUGCCAAAAAAGAGACAGACCAUGCUGUUUUCAGCUACACAAACAAGGAAAGUGGAGGAUCUGGCACGAAUCUCUUUGAAGAAAGAGCCUCUGUAUGUGGGAGUGGAUGAUAACAAAGAUACAGCCACUGUGGACGGAUUGGAGCAGGGCUAUGUGGUGUGUCCAUCAGAGAAGCGUUUCCUGCUGCUUUUUACAUUCCUGAAGAAGAACCGCAAGAAGAAGCUGAUGGUGUUUUUCUCCUCCUGCAUGUCUGUGAAGUAUCACUACGAGCUGCUCAACUACAUUGACCUGCCAGUUAUGGCUAUCCAUGGCAAGCAGAAACAGACGAAGAGAACCACCACAUUUUUCCAGUUCUGCAAUGCAGACUCUGGGAUCUUACUCUGCACAGAUGUUGCUGCCAGAGGACUGGAUAUUCCUGAAGUGGACUGGAUCGUCCAGUACGACCCACCAGAUGACCCCAAGGAAUACAUCCACCGUGUGGGUCGAACUGCUCGAGGUAUUAAUGGCAGAGGCCACGCCCUCCUCAUCCUCAGACCUGAAGAGCUCGGCUUCCUGCGGUUCCUCAAACAGGCCAAGGUCCCCUUGAGUGAGUUUGAAUUUUCUUGGACUAAGAUCUCAGAUAUUCAAUCUCAGUUGGACAAGCUGAUCGAGAAGAAUUACUACCUGCAUAAAUCGGCCCAGGAGGCUUACAAGUCAUACGUGAGGGCGUAUGAUUCCCAUUCACUCAAACAGAUCUAUGACGUACAGACACUCGACCUUCCAAAGGUGGCGCUGUCCUUUGGCUUCAAAGUACCACCUUAUGUCGACCUCAAUGUUCACAGCAGUAAAGGUGUAAAGCUGCAGAAGAGGGGAGGAGGUGGGGGCUUUGGCUACCAAAAAUCGAAGAAUGUGCAUAAGGCCAAGAUCUUCAAACACUUUAACAAGGGCAAGGGUGACCGCAGACAGUUCUCUCGCUGACCUUGACUUUUCCCCUGCUGAAAUGGCUCUUUUUCCUAAUGCUUCAGGAUAUAUGGGAAUAGUUCAUUGCCAGUCAUUAUUUAUGCACACAUUUUCUUGUUUAUUUGAUGUGUGUGUAUAUUCAGAGAAGCUGUUAGAAGACUGAAUUUAGGUCUUUUUCCAUUCCACAAUACUGUGUGGAGAAUCUCUAAUGCUAGAUUCUUAUGAACUUUUUUAAUCUGUGUAUGAAUCUUUUCUUGAACUGUCAACUUUGUACCCUUGAAGUGGUGGCAUAAUUAAAAAAAAUAUACAAGA